AUGGCUUCGACAGACGCUAACCUCGCUUUUAUACUGAGGGAGUCUCUCAAGGACCCCAACGUGCGAGGCUUUCACCGCGAUGAGGAGGACACGUCCCUGCACACCCUCCCCAACGACGAGGAGUCUGUGACGGCAGCCGAGUCCGGCGAUGACGCCGACACGCUCGAGCAGAGCACAUCGUUCAACGGCUUCACGUACAGCACCUCCCAGCUGUCACCAACAGCGACUCCAAAGGCCACCGACUCCCUGCGGACACUAGCAAACAGACGUCGAGAGACCAUUUUGCCAGAAGAGACAACAGUCGACGAUGAUGCCGCCUCGCCACCGCCGCCGCCGACCCGCGCCCUGGCGCCGGACCUCCUCCGCGGCCUCUUGAUGAUGUUCAUGGCAAUGGACCACAACGUCAUUGGCCUCAACCCCUGGCCGCACAGCACCGGCGCGAACCACCAGGAAUCCGACUCGGCUGUCGUCGAGCGCUGGAACAGCCCCAUGGGCUACGCUGUCCGCAUGCUCUCGCACCUCUGCGCCCCAGGCUUCACCUUCCUGCUUGGCAUGGGCGUCGCGUAUUUUGGUCGCUCGCGGGCCAAGAUGGGGUGGUCAUCUGCCCGGAUGGCGAGGCACUUUGCCACGCGCGCCGUCAUCUUGACCGUCGUCUCGACGGCGAUGGGGUUCGUCCUCUCGCAGGGCCAGCUUUGGUUUCUCAACAUGGUCCUCGUGGCGCUGGCCGUCGAUUACCUCCUCGCCGGUCUGCUGUGGCUCGGCAUCACCGCAACGGAGCCGUUGCUGGCUUCCCUGCUGGAUCGUUUCUUCCACAUCAUCGGCGGCGACGGCGCUGAGAGGACGCCUCUCCUCGUACACACCGGCCACAUCAACCCGUCCGGGUCCCAGACAAAGGCCUCUGUCCGCGCCCAGACAAUGUCAUGGCACAUCCACAACGCCGUCCUCCUCGUCCUGGGCUUCGUGACAAUCUGCUGGAACCACUGGGUCUCGCCAACCCACGGCGUCUGCGCCGCCGCCUCGUCCUCCCCCGUCGCCCCCACGGCAACAAACGACUUUUGGCGCUUCUGGUUCUUUGAAAUCACCCGACCGCGCGUCAUAUCCGGGUUCCCGCCGCUAGCGUGGCUCUCCUUUGCCAUCCUGGGCCUCCUCUACGCCCGCAUUCUCCUCGCCCGUCCCGUGUCACCCGCGAAACUGGCGUGCGGCAACGUCGCCGCGGGCCUCGCCUUCAGCGUCCUCUUCGUCCUCACGCGCGUGCUCCGCAUCGGGAACUUGUCCGAGGGAUGUCUGCGCACCCCGGAUCAGGCGGCGGAGAGCCCGGACGCGAACCCGUACCUCGUCUCCGCUGCGUCCUUCUUCUACGUCGUAAAGUACCCGCCCGACUUUGCCUUCUUUGCCUACACGCUCGCGGCGACGUUUUUCCUGCUCGCCCUAUUUGGUGCGGUCCCGCCACGCUUCGCGUCAAAAUGGCUCGGCGUGCUCCUCGUCUUUGGCACGUCGGCGCUCUUCUUUUACCUCACGCACCUAGUCAUCCUCUUUAGCCUGUGUGUGCUGCUCGUCAGGCUCUUUGGGCGCGAGAACGGACGGCCUCCGCCGAUGGACGGCUGGCCGGCGGUUGGGGUCAGUAAUGUUUGGGUUUGGUGGGCGAAUUGGUUGCUUGUCAUGGCGAUUAUGUAUCCGCUGUGUCGAUGGUACAGCGCUUUCAAGAAGACGAAGAGUGCAGAUUCUAUGUGGAGGUUCUUUUAG